AUGUCCGGUGCUACCGUGUUUAUAUUCCUACUUGAACAACUGCCCGGUUUUCAAAAUGCCUUAAAUUCAACUUUAGUUUCGUUUUAUGAAAAAGAACGUAUACCAUUUGCUAGUGAUUUUGUACAGAAAUGCGACUCUACGGUUGCUCAGUCAGUUUUGAACGACAUCAAACAUGAUAUUGGGCCUGAGAUUUACACUAAAAAAGAUGAGUUGAGUAAAAACAAUCGUUUUAAACAUUUCAACAACGCCUACAAAGAAUUGUCACCUGAAACUUUGUAUAAUAUCGGUACAGUAUUCGACAACUCCAUAGAAGACUCUGAUAAUAUCAAUUCAUUGGAAACAACUAAGAAUAUUUCCGAAAAUAACAAAAAUCCUGUUGUAAAUCAAGAAAAUAAAAGUGAAUUCGAUGAAGACAACACUAUAAACGAUUUCAACGAGACAAAUACAGAAAACCAUGAAAGUGAUCAGGUUAUGUCUCCUGAGAGCGCACGAUUUUUGGUCGCCAUCUUUGAAACUCUGUCAAACGUUACCGCACAAACAUGCGGAGGCACAUUGCUGUCACCGCAUUGGGUGCUAACUGCAGCCAGCUGUGUGGAUUUAUUAUCUCAUUUGUACAGCAAUUGCAGCAGAAAUCGGCUCAUUACAGCCAAUGUUAGUGCGUACACAAUUAUAGCUGACUCUGUUAACCCUUUCGUUGACGGCUCUGCGCACCACGUCACCGAGUUGACUCUGCUACCUAAUGCGUUGGAAGCGGAUAAACUGUCAAAGGAAAAUGCUCGCGCCAACUUGACCAAGUCUGAGCUGGAAAUCCAGUACAAAACGCCUAGCUUAGCCUUAAUGAGGAUAGAGCCUGCAGCUGCUGCGGGGGCUUUGAAAAUAUCUCGGAAGAAAUCUAAGGGAGACGAAGAAGUUCAGGUGUACGGAUGGAUUUUGACAAAAAAUGACACGGGCAAAGAAGUAAUGAAUGCCACAUCGUUUCCAGCUAAAACAUUACGCUCGGAGGAGUGUAGAGCCUAUCCCAGUCUUUCUGAUUCAAUCCUCUGUCUGACACCACGAAAUAAUGUCAGUAGCAAAGUAAAUCAGAUGAAUUCUGGCGGGCCAGUGCUGCUGCAUCAAGACGGUGAAGUGAUGCUGAUGGCUGUAGCCCAACUGGAUCGCAGCCUUCCGUUGCUCGCGUACCCUCUAGCCGCACAUGCCACCAUUAUCGAAAAAAUAGUAGAUAGUAAA